AUGGAUGUUGCGGAAUUAGCCCGUCGUGUUCAUGCCGAUGGGUUUGUGGCGUUGCCUGUUGCAACGUACGAAGUCCCAGCGUCCGUUGUGGAGCAACUACGCACGCAAGUUCUCAACCGCUACGAGGAAUUCCUUACCGAAGCUGCCAACAAGAAACUGGACUUGAAACUCCGUGAAAAUGCUGAGCGUCUCCCAGGUUUCUACGUGCGUGAAGGCGGUCGGAUUGACAUGCAGUUGAGCACUUCUGCCUUCCAGACUCGGCCCUUAACAUCACAGACAGCGGAAGCUGUUCACUCCGUGGAUAUGAAGUUGCUCAAGGACAUGGCUACAUCCUGGCAACCAGUGCUCAAGGAACUCUUCGCACCAGAUGAAUACCAUCUUGAAUACAUCGGCUGUGUACUCUCGCAACCCGGAGAUGACGAUCAGAACUGGCAUUUGGAUGGAGUUCACCGCAACCAACACGUUCAGGAACCUGUGGACCGCCUCAACGUGUUUGUGCCGUUAGUGGCAAUCACGGACGACACUGGAGGCACCGAGAUGAAGAAAAAGUCGCACAUUCAUGACAACGGAGCUCGUGGAACAGCAUUUGACGGUUAUCGAGAUCUUCUGAGUGUUACGGCGUGUGUCGAAGCGGGGACACCGAUCGUCAUGGACUACCGUGUAUGGCACCGAGGUCUGGCCAACACUAGCGAGGGCACUGUGCGUCCUCUGCUCUACUUCAAAUACGCAAAAGUGUCGCCUGUGGUCAAGAGUGCGAUUGAUACUGAGAGAAAGAACAAGAAACGGAGAAUUACACCCAAAUUAGUGUAA